UAUUAAUUACGGAUUAUGUAGAGGAAACAUAUUUGAUUAUUAUAUUAAUAACAAUUUGUUCUAAGUUUUGAUUACCUUCUUACUUUAGUAAUAACAGUUAAAAUUAAUUAGUUCAAUAUUUUAUCAUUUGAGUAAUGACAAUCACAUCAAAUAGGUAUUUAUCGAUAUUAGGCGUGCACGAAUCAUGUUGGAAGGGUUCACGUAAAAGCCACGCAAUUUGUAAAUUACAAAUGGCUAUGCAGAUUAAUUAAGAACCUACCUUAUGGACAUGUACUCGUUAAGUAUCAUCAAUAAGAUGUAAAUACGUCCACGCAUUAAGAAGUCGUAAAAGUAUAAUAGGGCUACGCAAUUACUAUAUUGUUACUGAUUUUCAGUUAAGAGCCACGCAAAUAUAGAAGACAAAAUUCUAUUGCAGGACGCCCCAAAAUGGCUCAGGCAACCUCCACACUGCCCAACUUAGAACAAUUUAAUUGCGAUGGUGAUCCGACAUCGGUUGGUUCACGUUGGGAGAAAUGGAAGAGGGCACUUGAAAUCUACUUACUGGCUGCUAGUAUCGACACGCCUGCAAAGAAAAGAGCUACUCUCCUCCAUCUUGGGGGGAUAGCCCUCCAAGAUGUUUAUUAUAACCUACCAGGAGCUCAUGCUGAAGAAGGGGAAGGUAUCGAUGUCUAUGCUAUAGCGUUAGAUAAAUUUGACAGUUAUUUCGCACCGAAGCAAAGUCGGAUAUACGAGAGGUAUCUUUUCCGACUUAUGAAACAGGAGGAAGGAGAACAAUUUGAAAAAUUCUUAUUAAGGUUGAGGAAUCAAGCUGAAAAAUGUAAAUUCCAGAAUAAAGAAGAACACAUUAUAGACCAAAUUACACAAAAAUGUCUCUUAAUCGAUUUAAGAAAGAAAAUUUUAGAAUAUGGUGAUGCAAUCACCUUAGACGAAAUCAUUAGUAAAGCAAAUGCAUUAGAAGUUGUAACUAGACAAUUAGACCAAUUUAAAAGUUUUAAUACAAUUAAUGAGAACAAAUACAACAAGGCUGAAAUAAAUACAAUCUACAACAAGAAAAAAUACGACAAAUCAAUUCGAAAACAAGAAUCAAACACAAAAUGUAGCAGAUGUGGAAGCUCCACUCACUUAUCUGAAGAUAGUAAAUGCCCUGCAAGAGACAAACGGUGUUCGAAGUGUGGCUACAUUGGUCAUUUCAGGGAACAUUGUAGGACUAGACAGAAAUGAUAUCUUCCAAACAAUAGGAGAGAGACUGUACAUAAAAAACCAAGACAAGAAACAAAAAAGGAAACCAACAAAUCAGAAAUCGACUAUAUUUUCCACCUAGAUGAAGAUGAAACUAUAAAGUGCAAUAUUGGGGGAGUUAUUGUGAAUAUGUUGAUAGAUUCAGGAAGUAGAUGCAACGUUAUAACUGAUAGAACUUGGCAACUUCUAAAAGACAAUAGUGUAAAAGUUUCCAACCAAAUACGCAAACCUAAUAAAACACUCAUCUCCUAUGAUAGUAAGGAACCUUUAAAUAUUAUGGGUUCUUUUGAGGCAAAUAUUUCAGUCGGGAACAAUAGGGGCAUAAAAUGUACUGUUUAUGUAAUUAAAAACGGUACACGUGAUCUACUAGGCAAAGAAACUGCGAUUUUAUUAGGCGUGCUUAAAAUUGGACUCCAAAUUAACGCACUAAGCAAUCAGACACCAUUGAAGAAAGAGUUUCCAAAAUUUAAGGGUGUGAUUGUUCAGAUUCCAAUAGACCAAGCAGUUAAACCAGUCAUCCAACCGUAUCGGAGAAUUCCCAUUCCUCUAGAAGAAAAGGUUGCCAGGAAACUAAAGGAACUAAAGGAUGCGGAUAUCAUCGAGGAAGUAAAUGGACCCUCACCGUGGGUAUCGCCAAUGGUGCCUGUUCUUAAAGAAGGACAAGAGGAGGUACGUAUCUGCUUGGAUAUGAGGAGAGCUAACGAAGCUAUUAUAAGAGAAAACCAUCCUCUUCCAACAAUGAAUGAAUUGCUACCCAAUUUCUGUCAAGCUAAAUACUUUUCCAAACUUGACAUAAAAAAUGCCUUCCAUCAACUUGAGAUUCAUGAAAAUUGUAGAUACAUUACUACCUUUAGCACGAGUAAAGGACUGUAUAGAUAUAAAAGGUUAAUGUUUGGAAUAUCUUGUGCACCGGAGAUGUUCCAAAAAAAUUCUAGAAAAGAUGUUGCUGGGUUGCGAUGGUACAUUUAACUUUAUUGAUGAUAUUAUCGUACAUGGUGCCACAGAAAAGGAGCACGACGAAAGGUUGAGUAAGGUGUUGCGAGUCUUAAAGGAAAAUGACGUCCUACUAAAUGAAAACAAAUGUAUUUAUAAAACACAAAAAAUUGAGUUUCUCGGUCACGAACUUUCGGCUAGUGGAAUAAGGCCGCUUGAAAAAUAUUUAACAGUAAUUAAAACCAGUAGAACACCUAACACUACUGAAGAAAUCCAAAGUUUUCUGGGUUUAGUUAAUUUUGUUAGUAAAUGGAUUCCCAAUUUAGCUACCCUUACUGAACCUUUGCGGGAACUGUUACGGUUAGGCCUGGGAA